AUGUACUUUGCGUCGCCGUCAUUACCUGUACACCAAGUGCCUCCGAAGUCUGCGCGUCGGAAUGCUUCCAAAAGUGCGCCCUCGUCCGCAAAUGUGUCCCCUCUUGCGUCGCCGCCGCCGCCGCCCACUCCAUCUGGCUCGGGUCGACACGAUGCCGGCGCCUUGCUGAAUCUGCUGGAGCCGGCCAUCGACGGACCGCCCUCGCCCGAGAGCAUCCGUGCCUUCAAGAGGCAGAUGAAGCGGACAUCAGUCUUGGACAAGCACCAGAGCCAUCAGACCAGCUCCUCAGGAUCGGCCUCUCUACGAUCUCUGACCUCGGUCGACCGCCCAUCAUGGGAGCAAGCGUUCGACGGCAUCUCACUCUCGAGAAAGUCAUCUGGUCGCUCAACCAGCAGCAGCAUGCAGCAGCAUCGGGACCGCCCAGAGAGUGUCCAGAUCUUCGGCAAGACCAUUUUCAACCGCAGAGGCAGGCUUAGACGUGAAAGCAGUGCCCCGAACUCGUCCGGAAGCUCGCUUCACUCGAACGAGGUUGCUGCAGAGACGACUAGUUCAACCUCAGCCAAGGAUGCCUUUAUGCCGUCGAUCUUCGGAAGGCGACGAGCAGGUAAGCCGGAGGCCGUGGCUGAGGAGUCGGAUACCAAGAGGAAGUUCACGAUAUCAGGGCCGUACAACUUUCAGCACCUGACCAACAACGACCCAGACACCCCUGACGAGUCGCAGUUUUCCGACUUCUCGUCCGAGGCGCUUCCGCUUGGUGACACAGGUCUCGUCGCUGAAGCCCAUGCUCGACCUCCGACGCUGCGAUCGCCACCGCUCCCUCCCAGCGGCUUCCUCCCGCGCACGAGGUCACAGGAACAGGUGCGAGUAGCCCCGCCGCGCCCGCCGCGGUCACCGAUGAACCCAACCUUUAAUGCCAGUGCGGCACCUGUACCACCACCUCGGAUCUCGAGUCGGGUCUCGAUGCGGUACGACGGUUUCGACCCGCUGGAGAGCACAUCACUCGAGCGCCCUCUGACGAGCGGCAGCGUCUUCCGUAGGCCCCAGCCACUCACCAUCUCUGAGGACGACACGUCACGCCAGCCCUACCAUUCGCACUCGUACUCACACUCGGUGGCGACGACCCCCACCGCGGAGAAGCGCUACUCCCAGAUAUUCAACAGCGUCCCGGACGAGAGCAACUGGCCCCUGAGCUGCCCCCUCACAUGCCCCUCGACGUCGACAUUCGAGGCCGCUCUACCAGAUGUGCCGGAAGAGGACGAACAACAACAGUUCCACUUUGGACACCGCUCGCGCAUCAGCAACGCCAGCAACGCGUCUUCUCUGCGCGGGAGCCAAUCCGUCCCCCUAUUGCGCCAAUUCGCGCAGGCCCAGUCCUCGAGCUCGCAACGGCCGUCCAGCGGCGGAUCUGACACACUGGGCCGCUUCGAUCUGCUCGCGGCCCAGCGGGCUCUGCGUGCGUCGUGCGACGAGGGCAGCGCCUCGACGCCGGAUCCCUUGGCGCGAGAGAGCUGGGAGGAUGACAUCGACUACUGCUACGACCAUGAGGCCGAGGCCGACUGCGACUACGCGUGGGACAGACCUUCACUGGACAUCCGCCGCGACGAAGCAAACAGCACGCCUGUGGAUUUCUCCAGGAUGAUCAGCCACGCGAGGAAUCCAUCAUUCGGACGGCUCAAGCCUCCUGCGCAGGGCGACGUCCCUGCCCUGAGCCCUGUGAGUCAAGCAUCCGUGACGUCGGCCCAGGAAGCCAUCACUCCGGGCACCAUUGCGCCUGCAAACUUCUCGCUGCCGAGGUCAGACGGCCGGCAGUCGCAGCGGUUCCUCAAGGUUCGACCUGUUUCCCAGGCCUCGAGCUUCAAAGAGUCGCAUGGCUUCACUCUGUCGCCCUCUCUCCUUAUCCCAGGUAGCGACUACCAUCGCGAGAUGCUCGCCCACGAAGCCGAUGAGCUUUCUGGCAACCACGAGUUUCCUCCAUACAAGGAACCCACGCUGACGAUGGAGACGUCGACUCUGCUGGUGCAGUCGCGAACAAGCGCCUCGACCACAGCCAGCGUUUCCGAGCGGUCCAGCUCGGAGCGCCAUAUCUCGACGGCCUCUGCCUCGACGGCCAUGACCCAGCUGACGGCGAGCACCUCGUCGCUGAGCAUGGAGGAACUGGUCGUAAAGGCGGAGGCAAUCGGUGUAGUCGAGGCGCAACCCCCCGCAGCUCUUCCCGGCCGCGGACGCGGCAAGUCGCUAUCGCACAUCCGCACCAUGCCCGAGGUGGACGGCCCCGAGAGCCCCGUCCUGAUGAUGCACGACACUAGCCAGGGCAUGUUCAGCCGGCGAUCCAAGGACGAUGGCGCGGCGGCUAAGCUUGUCAAGAAGAAGAGUUCGGGGCACUUUCGCCGCCAGCGAGCGAAGACCACGAGCCUGAGCACUCCGCCUCCGCCGAUUCAGUAUUCGCCGUUCCCCGCCGUCAACAUGACGACUAGUCGCAUCUAA